UCUCUUGAUUGCUGAUAUUUUUCUGUGAUUUCUGCAAAUGCAAUAGUAUCUAUCUCAGAACCUUUUCAUUGUAGGGUUGCCUUAGCUUCUUUUCUUGGCUAUUUUGUCUGGGUUUCUCGUUAUUUCAAUGAAUGAAUGAAUGAAUCUCUUCUCCUUGGCUUUGCUUUUUCCCUUUUUGUGGAAAAGAACAUAGCUUUUGCAUUGUUUGCCAUUAAUGGAAUCUUUGCACUGAAAGACAGUUUUUACCUUAAUCUUGUCUUGCCUUUGAUUUCUUGUGGUUUUGAGAUGAAAUCUGAUAUGUAUUAUGCAACUUGGAGGAAUAAUUUAUUUUAAUAUCAUCUUUCAAGCCACUAUUUGUUAGUUGUUGCUAAGUAAUAGCCAAUAAAUUUUCAUCUUUUUGGAUUAUUUCUGUUCAGAAUCUUUUUUUUUUUUUUUUAUACCAAUUUGCUUGUUUCCACACUUCAUAUUUUAAGCAUACUUUUGCAAAUUGGGGAAGAUUUUCCUUUUUUUAAAAGCUAUUCACUUUCUUUUUGGAUUUAGCUUUUGGAGAUAAAUGCUGAUAAUUCUGAGGAAAUGGAUGGGGGUUUGUGUCCUUCUGCUACUUUGUUGAAUGUUUCAUCGUCGGAUUGUUUCAUGGAUUUGGAUUACAUGAAUGAAUUGCUGUGUUGGGUGGAGAGAAGUGAGGGAUCUGAUGUGUUGUUUCACCAUAGCCCCCCCACAACUUCAUAUAUGUGGCCAGUUUUAGAGGCCAACAAUAAUGGCCAAGAAGAGAGGCAAAGAGCAUCUCUUCUCCCCGAGAAUUUAUCUGGUUUCCAGUAUCGAACUGGAAUUAGUCCUUCGGGGCAAUCUCGAAGAUGUUUGGUUGAAGGUUCUGAAAGGGGAUGGUGGGUGUGCCCAAAGACUGCAAACUCGAUUACAGACAGAUUGGUUAGGGCGGUUCAGUACAUAAACGAGUUUUCGAGGGACAAAAAUGUUUUAAUUCAGAUAUGGGUGCCUGUAAGCAAAGGGGGUAAAUGUGUACUAACCACAAGUGGUCAGCCUUUCCAGCUUAACAAGAAUUGCCCUCAACUCGCCCAUUACCGGGAUAUCUCUGUGAAUUUUCAGUUCCCGGCUGAGGAGGACUCAAACGAGAGCUCUGGAUUGCCAGGGCGUGUGUUUUUGGAUAAACUUCCCGAGUGGACACCAGAUGUUCAGUUCUUUAAGAAGGACGAGUACCCCCGAGUUGGCCAUGCUCAGCAGUACGAUGUCCGAGGCUCCCUCGCUGUUCCUGUUUUCGAACAAAGCGGUUGUAGUUGUUUGGGCGUGAUUGAAGUCGUUUUAACCACACAAAAACUCAAGUACCUUCCCCAGCUCGAAAGCGUCUGCAAAGCUCUCGAGGCAGUUAAUCUGAGGGGUUCCAUAUUGCCAAAUGCUCGAAAUGCUAAGGCAUGUGAUUUGACCUACCAAGCUGUGUUCGGCGAGAUUCAUGAUGUUUUUAGGUCUGCUUGCGAGACACAUAGGUUGCCAUUAGCUCAAACAUGGGUCCCGUGUAUCCAGCAAGGUAAAGAGGGGUGCCGGCACUCUGAUGACAACCUUAUUCGUUGUGUUUCCACGGUGGAUUCUGCUUGCUACGUAGCUGAUCCCCAUGUUCGAGGUUUCCACGAAGCGUGUUCUGAGCACCACUUGCUUAAGGGUCAAGGCCUCGUUGGGAGGGCGUUCAUGACCAAUCAAGCUUGCUUUUCGGCUGAUGUGAUGUCCUCUAGCAAGGCGGAGUACCCCCUCGCUCACUAUGCAAAGAUGUUCGGUUUGCAAGCUUCUGUGGCUAUACGCCUCAAGAGUGUAUCCAUUUGUUCAGCUGAAUUCGUGUUGGAGUUCUUCUUACCGAGGAAUUGCAUUAGCCCCGAAGAACACAAAAGAAUGCUGACUUCGUUGUCCAUCAUCAUACAAAACGUUUGCCAGACUUUGCGAGUUGUAACUGACCAAGAGUUGCAGCAAGAAACCUCGGGUUUUACAUUCAGUGAAGAAGGUCUAAAACUGAAAAGAAAUUUGCCCGAUGAACCUUAUGAAGAAGAAGGUUUACCCGGGAAUUCCCAGCAAACAGAUUGCCACGAGAGCCGUGGUUGUGUUUCAGCUUUCGAGAAUGGACCGAGUGAAGUAGUACUGAAAAAAAGGUGCCCGGAGUUGAGGCUGCAGCUAAAUGAAUGUGUCCCGGGAUCAGGUCUUGCCAUUAAUGGAAACAACCGAGCUUCUAGUACUUGUAACUCUCGGGGUGUGGCUAAACGGGGAGAUAAAAAGCGUUUGAAGACAGAUAAAACAAUUACGUUGCAGAUUCUUCAACAAUACUUCGCUGGUAGCCUCAAAGAUGCUGCAAAGAGUAUUGGUGUGUGUCCUACCACGCUGAAGAGGAUCUGCAGGCAGCAUGGGAUCAAGCGUUGGCCAUCUCGAAAGAUCAAGAAAGUCGGCCACUCCUUGCAAAAGAUUCAACACGUGAUUGAUUCUGUCCAAGGCGUCUCGGGUGGUUUACAAAUCGAGUCCUUCUACUCGAGCUUCCCCGAGCUGGUGUCUCCCAAUUCAGCCUCGAACCAAUUCAAGAAUCUCGAAUCCCACGAACAACCGAGGCAGCACGAGGGCGAUUCUACAAGCCCCCGAGCUGUUGCUGCUGCUGCUGCUUCUGUUACACCAUCCUCGUCUUGCAGUCAGAGUUCGAGUUCAAGCCAAUGCUGCUCGACAGGAAGACAGGUUUUCAGGGCAGACUUGGCAGGCGUAAAGAGGGUGAAAAGCGCUGCUGAGCUGCAUUCAUCAAGCAACGAGCCAAAGACCCUCCCUAGAUGUCAAAGCCACGCCUCUCUCAUCCAACGCCCUCCAUCCCGGUUUCUUCCACGUACUAAAGGUGGUGACUGCAGACCUCGAGAAGAUGUGCUGAGAGUAAAAGUCUCGUUUGGAGACGAGAAAAUCAGGCUGCGGGUGCACAACACCUGGGGCUACGAAGAUCUGCUGAAUGAAAUCGCGAGGCGUUUUGGUAUGGAUGACUCCAUGGGGCUUCAACUCAAGUACUUGGAUGAUGACAGUGAGUGGGUUUUACUAACCUGUGAUGCUGAUUUGCAGGAAUGCUUUGAUGUUUGUCGUUCUUCGCAGAACCAAACCAUCAAGCUCACUUUCCACCGCGUUCCUCAACAUUGUUGAGCAUAUAAUAUAUAUACAUAUGUAGAAUAAUAGAUAUACAGUCUCGCUAUCAGCAAAUAAAGAGUUUGUCAUUUUAGUUCAGAUGGAACACAUCCAUCGAUUAGCAUGGCUGACAGCUAGUACAAGUAUGCCUCAUUGUUAACCUUUAGAAGCAUAUAUCCCUUAGGUAGGAUUAGUUGGAGUUGGAUCAAGUGUUUCCCCAUGUAUUUUUGAACUAUUUUUGUACCAUAUUCAGCAAUAUAAUUAAAGUUCGUAAAUUU